GCCAACCACCAACGGCGUCUGUGCUAGCUCCAGCCAACCGGUGGGGAGAUGGAGUUUCCAGGAGAGAUUCCUUUGUGGAACGUUGGAUGUUUGUAAGUUCCGGAGAACGGCUGGGGUUCUCCUUGCGAAGCGAGCCGGCGCCAUGUGGCGAGCGGGGCGCUGCCUGGGGGCGCUGCUGGAGCUGAGGUCCUUCGAAACUGCUGGGAGCUCCUCAAGAAUGAGGAGAUUGCGGGAGGUUGUGAUUCCAGCGGCCGCGGCGGCUCCCUCCGUCUUGUCGUGCAUGAGGUCGUUAGGGUUGCGGAGAGUCGGCAGCUGUGAGGUGAGGGAUGCAGAGGAGGGCGCCGGGAUGGAGCAAGAAUCGCAAGGAGAUGAUAGAGUUGGGCAGCAGGAGCAGCGCAUUCGCCCAGAUACUGGCGGAGCCGCGGAUCAGUCGGGUCAUGUUUCUUCAGUAUUUAGCAUUGACAACAUGGUAUCACUUUUGAGACAAGAAAGUGCCAAAGACAUAUGUGUUAUUGAGUUGCCUCCAGAAAUGAAAUACAGCAAUUAUUUUAUCAUUGUCAGUGGAUCCUCUUCAAGGCACCUCCACGCCAUGGCCCAGUACGUGGUAAAAAUGUACAAGUAUUUGAAGACAGACUCUGAUUCCCAUGUUAUAAUUGAAGGAAAAGAUACUGAUGACUGGUUGUGCAUAGAUUUUGGCAAUAUUGUGGUCCAUUUCAUGUUGCCAGAAACACGUGAAAUCUAUGAGUUGGAAAAGCUGUGGACACUCCGAUCUUACGAUGAUCAGUUGGCACAGAUAGUGCCAGAAUCCUUACCUGAUGAUUUCAUAUUUGGGCUAACUUCUGAAGAGCAAUGAUUAGCCUCUAAGUAGGGAAAAAUAAGUUUUGUUAUGAACUGCGCUGUGCAGCUGGGGCUUGAGUUCACUUCUUGAGAUGCAACAGGAAAAGGGAACAGAGAUGCCUCAAUUGCAAAGUGAUUUGAGAAUUCAACAGCAGCUUUAUGGAAUAGAAGUAUGCAAAAUACUCAUCAAUGAAUGUGUGGCAUAUGAAAAUGGAAACUGGGUAUUUGUAUUGCAAAAAUUGUAGGUUAUGGGGAACAUGCAGAUAUUACCUUCCGAGAGCCUAAUUAUCAUUCCCCUCAGAAUCUGGGUCUUCUAGGAUCCCUUACCACUUGUGCACAGUGCCUGCUGUUUGUACAAGAUUUGGGUGCUGUACUACUGGGUUAUUGGUGACUUGUCAGAUGAAAGUCCAUCUGAAAGGUAUUUGAUCAGUAAGGUGGCCAAAAGUGGAAGAAACACAGCAGUUGUAAAAUGAUUUCAGAAUGUCAUUUAUUAACCUGGGCAUACCGUCCAUCUUGUCUAUAGCUGCCCCUUGGAGGUAAUUGUUGGCUGAUCCCCGUUCCAGAGGUUGACGAGCCAAUAGGAGAAUCCAUAAGGGCCCUUAGGAAACUAUUUUGGAUCUAUACCAUGCAGUAGGCCAUUUUAAUAUGGCUUGUACAGGUUAGGAGGCUCAUUAAAUCUAAAACCUAUGAUGUAGUGACCUGUCUGUCACAAUGGAAAUACUGAGUUCCAGUACUUGCCAACCCCCCCAAUCUAACACACAAAAAUAAACACAUCCAACUUAA